AUGCCUUCAGAAGAGUUGACAGUGGAAGGAGAGAUGGGAAGUGGCAGGUUGGGGAGGGAAGUAUCGACCCCACGUCACCUUGUAGAGAAAGUGAUAGAGAUUUACACUGAGAUUGCCAAACUGGAGAGCCUCAAGCCAAGCAAGCCUGUGAAUGCUCUCUUCACUCACCUCGUCCACAUCUGCACCCUCCCCAUCUCAUUCGAUAUGGACAGCCUUGAGAAUGACAUCAAAGAUGUGCGCUCGAAACUUGUCUGCCUCUGCGCCGAAGCCGAAUCCCAGCUGGAGGCUCACUUCUCGGACCUCAUAGGCCGCUGCCCCAGACCCAUCAGCAGCCUACACAUAUUUCCUUACUACUCCAACUACCUCAAGCUUGCGGUGCUUGAAUUUGAGACCUUGGUGGCAAACCACAUCCCCAUGCCAAAGAAUGUGGCAUUCCUGGGCUCUGGCCCCAUGCCCCUCUCUUCCAUCGUGCUUGCCCUCCACCACAUGCCAACUACCCUUUUCGACAACUAUGACAUCAGCCCUCAUGCCAACCUUAUGGGCAGCUCACUCAUGAGAGGCCAUGCUGACCUAUUGGGAAGGAUGAGUUUCCACACAUGCGAUGCAAAGAUGGUGAAGGGGGAUGCGGUGGCAGAGUAUGACAUGGUGAUCUUGGCUGCCUUGGUAGGGGUGAUCAGGGAGGAGAAGGCGCAGAUCAUUGCUCACUUGGCAGCUCAUAUGAAGCAAGGAGCAACACUGUUGGUCCGGAGCGCACAUGGCUCCCGAAGCUUCCUGUAUCCAGUUGUGGAGGAAGAGGAUCUCUCUGGUUUCAGUGUCAUGGAUGUGGUUCACCCCACCAAUGAAGUCAUCAACUCCAUAAUUUUAGCCAAAAAAAUCUGCAACUGA